CGUUCGUAUCCAUUCAUCACAAUUUGAUCUGUUGAUCAGACCUUCUUACUUUGUAUCUCCAACCUCCAUCUUUAUUCGCACCACCCUCCCUCCCCCCCCCCCCCCGCCAUCGCCUUGUACAGUCUGCGUGCGUUUGGCUCAACAUACCUCGCCGCAUCCUACUCGCUCUUUUGACUACACUCUUUGCCUCACACUCAGCUUCUAGCUUUGCGGCAGAAGCUUUCCAGCGCCUUUUCGCCUGUCCACCGACUUGCCCUUUAUCUAUCAUCUUAUCCAAAGCAUACACAGACACAAAACACGAAGAUGCAGUUCAAAUCCACAUUCGUCAUCCUGGCUGCCGUCGCCGUCAACGCCGUCGCGGCAGCGAGCGGCCUCGCUGCGCCCGGCACCCUGCCGGCCUACCUGGAUCUACAGCAAAAGUACUUUGACGGUACCGCUUCGCCGGACCAAAUUGCCCAGCUGACCGCUCUGGGCAAGAAGCUGCACUCUCAGGGCGUCAAACUGAACAAGAUCGUUGGCACCGACACCAAGGGCCAGCACCUCUUUAAGAUGAUCGGUCUGAACGUCGGCGAGCUGCUCGACCCCACUACCACAGAACCGACCGAGACCACGGUCAACCUCCGCAGGCAGUCCGUGCACGCGACCCACGAGAAGCCUCAGCAGAUCGGCCUCGUGCCGGAGUUUCUCUUGGCCAUGAACCAUGUGCUGAGCGCGGACGGCUUUUCAUCGGACGCAGACGUCUCCAAGGUGCUCUCUCUCGCCAGCAAGCUGCUCUCACAUGGAACUCCUGUCGACCGGCUCGCCAAAAUGAUCGGCACGGACGCUGCCGGUCUCUCGCUGCUCUCCAAGAUCAAAGACCUGCCCGCUGCUCACAAACGCAACUUUGUCAGCGAUGACGUCGGCGAGGUCGCUGUCGACGUCAAGAAACUGCUGCCGCCGCCGGCCAAGGACGCCAACGUCCCGUCCGGCACGAUCCCGCAAUUCCAGUACUACGCCUCGACGCUCUGGUCCGACCCGCUGAGCGCAGUCAACGCUGGUGCUCUCGACAAGCUCGUCGCGCUUGGCAGGGAGAUCAGGAAGCAUAACCCGAAGGCGCUUAAGCUGCUCCUCGGCGACACGGCGCCCGCGCAGACGCUCCUCGCGCAGAUCAAUGGCGGCGCUGUCAAGAAGAGGCACAUGCAGAAGCGCGGCGGCGCCUUCCGUGCAAUUGACGAGAGUAUUUAAGGCACCCACAUGCAGGUGACGGUCGAUGCAUUGAGGAGCCAAGCAAGCUACCCCCAAACCAGCAGACAGGCAGGCAGGUUCGAGCGGUCUUUCGCUGGGCGGCGCUCGUGACGGCCCUCGGCCCCUACUUUCUUUCGUUCUCACCUGCUCUGUUUAUUGGCCGCCCCUUGUGCCCGGCCGGCCGGCACACACAU